CUGACCGCCCGCCCAAUUGAAGUCUGGAUAUUUACUUUCCCGUAGUACUGGGGAGGUUUGCCGUGGCACAUAGUAAAUCUGUAAACGAUGCUUUAAUAACUGUGUCUAUCCAUAUAACAUGGAGCGCAUGCCUUUGCCGUUCAGUCUAUGCUGCUAAAAAAGUCAAAACUUGCUCCUCCACCCCGUGACGGGAUAAAUUGUUAGUUGUGGAUGUAGGAAUUGACAGUAAAGCUCUGGUGCUUUCUUCGACAGUCAUCUUCCUUUUACUGCAAUGACGCCUGAAAGUCUCAUGAUCCUUUACGAGGAUGACUCUGUAGAGGUGUACUAUAUGGAUGGCUCCAGACUGUUGCUUUCUGCCUGUGGCUCUGAAUUUCUUUUUGAAAAGGCACUUCCUGCCUCUGCCCAUCCUCUGCAGCCAGCUGAAAGAAUUCGCCAAAGGACUCAGUUUGUUAUUAGUACCUACAGAGUACGAACAACUACUACGAGCACUAGAGUUCCGGAACCAGUUUUGUACUUGCCUGUAUUUACCUUCGAGUAUCAUACCUCCUGAAAGGAAAAAUAUUCUUCUCUCUGAUAUCUCAGAAGUUAGUUGGCCUAGCCCCAAUGCCACUGAUGCAAUAAUAUGUAUGGAUAAUGGCAGUGUAAAAAUUUCAUCCUUAGAUGGUCAUGCCUAUCUCUGCAUGUCAGAACUGCAGCAGGAGUUUACAGUGGAGUUUUUAUGUAAAGUAAGCCACAAGUCUGCAGCGUCUUCACCGUUCUCUGAAAAAAAUAGCAAUCAUCAGUGUGGAAAAUCAAGCCAAAAUUUUGUCUCAGAAAUGUUUGUUAAACAGAUGAGAAUGGAGAAUAAGAAAGAGGAACGUUGCUGUACUAAAAACAAAUACGGGGAACUGGAUAAAACAAAGGAUUAUUUAAGCCAAAUAAAAGGACAAGAUGAGGCUCCACUGUCUCUUACAUGCUGUCCAUCCGAAUAUGUGUGGGUUAGGCAGCGCUGGUCUGUUUCCUCAUAUCCAGAAGAAUGGCAAUACCCUUUGUCGUUGGCAUUAAUGUUCUAUCAGUUGCACACUUAUAAUGCAUGUAAAACAGGUGUGGAGAAUAAAUGCACUAGAAAGAUAACUGCAGGAUCGGAUAUUUUAAAGGAAAGUGAAAAAUCAAAGACAGUUUCUCAUUUGCGUGGAGCUUUGCCACUCAGCUGUAGUGCACCACACCUACACAGGUGGAGUUUCUGUAACUCUUUACUACAGAGGGAGCAAGAUAGUGAAUAUAAUUCACACCCUUUACUAAUAAAAAUUGUAUGGUGCCAGGGUAUUAUUUACAGGCUUAGCCAUGAUAUUGCAAACUUUAUAGAAAUUUAUCCUGGAGAUGAAUCAGUUUUCAAGUCAGAAGGAGCAUUUUUGGGAAACUAUUUCACACACCACUCAAUUUGCAAAGAAACAAGACAGAGAGAAGAAAAGAUGUAUUCAGCAAAUAGUCUGCCUCCUGAUAUACCAGAAAGUCCAUACUCUGUCUGUUCCAUUAUUACUCAGGCAAUCAGAAUUCUCCAGUAUUGUUACAACACUAAACUUUCAUUAACCCAUAAUUACAAUAUUUGCUGCUGGAGAAUGAUACCAGGGACAGAUGGAAGAGAAAUGCUGCCAGUACCGUUGCAUGAAAGAGUUAUUCCCAAUGUAGGAAGACUUGUUGCAUAUUCAGAUAAUAAAGUGCACGCUCUAUUUUGUGAUGGGAUGAUCUUGAAUAUGGUUUGGGACUUCAGCUCUUGCUGUGGAAAAACACAGAACAAUGAUGCUCUUUCCUCUGACUCUUCCAAGAUAAAUCAAGGUGCUAUCACAGAAUGGUGUAAAGUGCUUUCUCCUGAUGGGGAACAGCAGCUAAUUAAGAUAAGCCAUCCUGGACUGUAUGAAAGGUACAUCAGAACAGUUAUAGCAUGGUGCAGAAGUUUGAAUGAUGAUGAGGGAGAUACUCUAUCUGAAACCGAGAGAAACUGGUCUGUUGUUGCUGAACUUGAGAAAAUACAAAGAUUUAACUGUAUCCUUUCAACAAAUAUUUCUUUAACAUAUUUUGAAUAUAUAUAUGGAAUGCUUUCCAUGCACACCACUGAAAACUCCAGAAAACUACACACAAAUCCUCAGAAGAAAAUAGCUCUAUUGUUCAAUCUUCUUUAUUUUUUACUGGAGAACAGCAAUGUUCCAAACAAGACACCGGCUAUGAAAAAUAAUCUGUCUCAUAUUACCGAUAGACAGCCAGAAAACAGUUUGUCAGAGGAUAUGAGUAAAAGGAGUAUAUCAGAGGCUUUAGAAAAAACUUCAAAAGUUAUCCAAGAUAUUGAAUCUCUCCUGGCCUCCUCUGGGAAGUGACACUUGAACAAGUACUUGAAAGCCAGGCAUUAUUUAAAAUAUUUAUGGGCUCUAUUCUGUAGUCUUGUGUAUCAGUGGGAUUUGUGGGUGAGCAAGGAACUAAAGAGUUGGAUGCUGAUACUUUUUGCUCCAAAUAAAUGACUUUGACCUACUGUAACAAGAGAAUGCUAACAUGCCACCGAGAUAUAGGCCAGAACAGAAAUUAUAUAUAUUUAUCUAGUCUUGUUCUAUUUACAGGUAGAGAUUGAGUAACAGUGCCUUCUUUAAUAGAAAUUUAAAAUGGUAGUGCAUGUUUGUAAAUUCCAGUGUAUGUGACUUUUAUACGGAACUGUUUUAACCAAUUGUUACUAGUAAAUAACUGACAAAGAUCAUAUGGUUAAGCAAUUUUUAAAUUUGAAAAUGUUUGUUUUAUUUAACAGAUCAAAGGACUAUUCAAUAUGAACCCUGAAUUAUUUUUGCUCUGAUAUUUUUUAUUGUAAAAUAGAUUAAAAAAACACUUUAUUCUCUAA